AUGAAAGAUUCCAAUUUAACUCAUUAUACUGUAAAAGGCAAAAUUAGAGAGGCCAAACAGUUUAUUGAUUACAAAUGUACAUGCAUAAAAAAAUGUGGCGAAAAUGUAAGCAGAGAUGAGAAAGAAAUAUGUUUUAAAAAAUUUUGGAAUUUAGCUUCCUAUGAUUUACAAACUGGUUACAUCGGAGCAACAGUAAAAGUAAUGCCAAUUAAAAGAAAGCGAACAAAGGCAACAGAAGAAAAUAAUCCAAAGGUUAGUUUUCAAUCUUACCAAAAUAUUUUUUACAUGCAUUUUAAUCUCAAACGCAAACCUCCAAUAAAAGACACAUGCAACAGCUGUGACAAGUACUCUGCAAAAAUUAAAAAUACACAAGAUGAAAAUGAAAAAGAAACUUUUCAUAAGUUGCAUGAUAAUCAUCUAGAAAAGGCAGAAGAUGCUAGAAAUCAAAUGCAGAUAGAUUUUAAGGAAGCAACUACUAAUCCUACUCUGGAGACCCUGUCAUAUGAUAUGGAAAAAGUAUUAGGACUACCAAAACUUUCAACAAAUAUAGUUUAUUAUAAAAGACAAUUAGAAUCAGGUUUAAACAAACUUUGCCUAAACCCUAAAGGACAAUUUCCGAGUAAAUCUUGCAACAAAUUUGUAAAUUGCUGGGAUGGUAUUGCCAGCGAACAAGAAUGUCCUCCAGGACUUUUAUUUAGCUCAAAAGGAUAUUGUGACUAUCCUGAAAAUGUGGAUUGUAACGGAAGACCCCAAGGAUUACCACCUGCCGAUACCAAACCUGGUACAGUGACUUCUUCAAAUGCGCCAACGCAGGUACCUGAUCACUCAACUGUACCCGUUACAGCACCCACGGUUGCAACUUUACCACCAGUACUAGUUGAUCCAGCUCUACAAAAACGAUGCUUACAACCAAGAGGCCAAUUUCCAUCUUCAUCAUGUAAGAAAUAUGUAAACUGUUGGGAUGGUCACGUUGUAGAGCAAGAAUGUCCAGAGGGAUUGCUUUUCUCCACCAAAGGAUAUUGCGAUUAUUCUUAUAAUGUAAACUGUGGCGACAGAGGUGAAAAAGGAGGAAGUAAAGGGUUCAAAUUUAAUGAGGGUUUGGGUAUUUGUGACUAUGAAGCAAAUGUCGACUGCUCUGAGAAAAUAAUUAACCAUUCAAAACAAAUGUUUGAAGUAGUUACCACAGAAAAGAAUGCAGGUAAUAACGAAUACAUUGCACAAAACACUAAAUGCAGCGUAGAGUAUGGAACAUUUAGAGAUAUGUAUAAGUGUAAUAAAUAUUAUAUCUGUGCAGAUUUUAAAAUUGUUUCUCAGCACGAAUGUCCACCAGGUUUCAGCUUUAACGAUAACAUUGGAAAGUGUGACUAUUCUCAUAAAGUAGAUUGUGCGAGGCCUCAACAAAUGUAUGAAAUAACAAAGAAUUCUAUAUUACAAAUUCCGGAAGAGUAUAGAGAAAAAGUAAACAAUUGCAAACCAGGAUCGGUAUUUCGUCUAAAUUCUGAAUGUACAGCUGCAUGUUUAUGUAGAAAUGGUUUAGCUGAAGUUAUACAAUGUCCGACAGGAUUUGCGUACGAUUCAGCAAUAGAUAAAUGUAUUUUACGACACCUGGCUAGAUGUUAAAU